ACGGUUUCAGCAAUCAUCGACGCAUGCGCUGUUAUAGAAAUGAUAGUAGCAAUUACGUCAGCUACAUAUUGCUGUUGCUGUUCACAAAUGUUACCAGGCAACCAACAAAAUGUUGUCAUAUUUAACCCAGUACAAGAACGAGUAGUACAUGCCGUGACACAGUUACAUGGACCCCCUGUAAAUCAAUACGGAGUAUUAAUGCCACAAGGAUAUCAGCAGCAACAUUUUAUGCCGAACACAAAGGUACAAAUAAUGACCCAGCAGUCUCCUUGUCAAAUGUUGCCGCCAGUGAUGCAAGGACCACGUAUUCAACAUCAGAAUGGAAUGACAAAUGUGAACUUAAAUCAGCAACCAGCGUAUCUGCAGCCGAAAUUAGGACAGCAACAAAAUCAAGGGGUCGAAAGUCAGCAGCAAAUUUAACAUGUUUGACUAGCA